UGCAGACGAAGUCUGCCAUUGGAUUACUGCAUGAGUUUGAGUUUUAUGUUUUCUGUUCUGUCAUGCGAAAGAUACUGUGUUUACAUGGAUACCGUCAAAGUGCACAAGUUUUCAAAGAUAAAACGGGCUCACUCAGGAAGCUUCUGAAGAAGCAUGCAGAAUUAGUGUACAUCAGUGCACCUCAUCUUAUUCCAGCCCAUUCAGCUAUCCAAGAUGAAAGCAUGGAAAAUCUACAGGCAGUUCCUGCAAAUGAAAAAGUAGAGGAACAGAGGGGCUGGUAUUUCAGCACAGAACAAUUGACAUUCAAUUCCCAUGACGCUACAGACUACAGCUGGGGGCUCGAAGAAUCCAUCGAAGUUGUGAGAAAAGCAUUUGAAGAGCUGGGGCCAUUUGAUGGCAUUUUAGGCUUCUCCCAAGGAGCUGCUCUUGGCUCAAUUCUAUGUCACAUGCUUGAUAAAGGAGAUUUGCAUUUUUCAUUUAAGUUUGCCAUUCUCGUGUCUGGCUUCCGUUCCAGAUUAAGCCCUCAUACAUACUUUUAUAAAACCAAACAAACCAUUGCCACUUUACAUGUAAUAGGAGAAACAGACAGAAUUGUGGAGAAAGAAAUGAGUGAAGAGUUGACAACCUAUUUUGAAUCACCUUACAUAAUGUGUCAUUCAGGAGGCCACUAUGUACCAGCAACAUCAAAGGAGAAGGAAGGUUAUAUUAACUUUCUGGAACAGUUCUAAUGUAAUGCUGAAUAAAGGAAGAAGAAAAACACU